ACGUCUUGCCGGCCCCAUCAGCACACUGUGGCAUGUCGACGAGAGCAGAUCUGCGGCUCUGGUCGAGCCUGGCCGAAGCAGACGAGGGCGGGGUGCGCCAAGCCCUAGAGGAAGGCGCUGACGUUAACCACGUGAGCAACGGUGGAGGUCGACCCCUUCACUCCGCUGCUCUUCGCAGUUCUAGUCGUCUCGUGAGGAUCCUUUUGGACCGCGGCGCCCUCUGCGAUGUUACCGACGACGAAGGCUUCACCCCUCUAAUGGUAGCGUCCCUGAACGGCCACACUGAGGUGGUGCAGGAGCUGCUGAAGGGCGGGGCGGACCCGAAAAUGCGUCGCCCCGAGCAGUUCGGGGGGGACACCGCACUCCACAUGGUCACCAACACAGACGAAGGCGAGGUGUUGAGAGCCCUGCUGGAGGCGGGGGCGGAUCCUAACGCCUGUGCCAGCGGCAUGGAUGGCAAGACGCCUCUGCACUUGGCUGCAGAGUUUGGGAGAGAGAACUUGGCUGAGCUGCUCGCGAACCAUCCGAACUGCGCCGUUGAUCUGCGGGACGCCCGUGGCCACACGCCCGCCCGCCUGGCUAAGGAAAGCUGCCCGCGCCUCUCGCUGUACCUGGAUUUGUGCUGCGGAGCCAAGUCUCACUCGGAUAAGCGUCUCAUCGCAGCGGUCAGGAGGAGUGAUGCGGAGGAAGUGAGGGCAGCCCUGGACGAGGGAGCGGACCUGAGCUUACAGGGCCCUGAGGACGGCGGAACCUUGCUCCACCUGGCGUCCCAGGAUUCCUCAGGACAAAUCCUCGAGAUGCUUCUGUCUCGAGGCGCCUCGGUGGACGCAACGACCAGCCAGGGAUUUACACCGCUCAUGGUAGCGGCUAAGAGGGGCGCGACGGACGCCUUAGUGCACCUUUUGGCACAUCGGGCCAACCCGAAGCUGGCAACUCCUGACGGGACGACGGCGCUGCACUUGGCCAUGCAAAGUCAGGACUCUUCCGCUGUGACUGCUCUCCUCGACGCCGGCGUAGACGUCAACGCCACCACGCGCGACGGAACCACGCCGCUGCACGUCGCCGCUGCAUCGGGGGCGAUCGGGCUGGCUCGUCUCUUGUUGGGUGACCCCCUGUGCUUGGAUCCCAUCGGGGGCCGCUCGCCUGCCCAGGUGGCGAGGGAGGCCGGUCACCUGGAAUUCGCCAUGUUCAUCGAGCAAGUGGUCGACGGAAGUGUUCAGGUGCCCGACUUUCUCCUCCAAGAGGACUUCAGCGUGGUGGUCAGCCAGCCUGUGCCUCCUAGUCCGGGCGUGUACCGGAACCUCUCCGAGCCGUACCGAGGCCGAGUCCUCAUCAUCAACUACCGGGAAUUCAGCAUCGGUGAUUCAGGCACUCGCCACGGCUCUGAGAGAGAUGUGGCAAAUCUCCAAAUGUGA